AACCACCGGAGAAUUCUCAUUUCUCAAUUUUGCACUGCGCCAUCGUUUUCAGUAAGCAGUAACUCAAUUGAAGAAAAAGAAGAAAACCUCCUUUUACUUGCAUACGCUUUUUUGUUUUUAUUAUCUCUAUCUCUCUCUUGUCCUCGUUAAUCUCACCGUCACGCGCUGCCGCGUAUUUCGUCACCGUUUAAUCACCGAAAGCAAGCUACCUGAUUGGAGCCUUUGGUUUGAAACUUGAAACUUGAAACGGACGGUUACAUUGCAAGUUGUGCCGCUUUUCUCAGCUGAAUCAGUUAGUUUCUUCAUCUAUGUGUGGUGUUGGAAGGAGGAUUAGGAGGAGCAUAGGCUUUGUCGCUGCCAUAGCUGGAUGUGCAUCGGGUGCAGGAUAAAUGCGCUACACCGGGGAUCUAGGGUUUUCGAGCCUGGUCCUUUUGGUGCUGUUGCUGCUGCUGAUUUGUCUUGUUUUUCCGGCGAUCGGAUUCUUUUAUGUCCGCCGUAAAUGGCGGAUUUCAGUGGCUAGGAAGGAAGAGAUCAGGAGGCUUCUGAUUUUGGCUGCUGAGGAAACUGCCAGGGCCGAGAGAGAGGCCACGUAUGGUUACGGUGCCGCGGCGGAAACCGCCGUCAAAAGCAAUCAGUGUGCCGUGUGCUAUGUUCCCGCCACCGCACGCUGCGCUCAGUGCAAAUCGGUUCGCUACUGUUCGUUUGAGUGUCAAACUCUUCAUUGGCGCCAAGGGCACAAAUUGGAAUGCCGUCUGCAAAGAAUACUUCGGCAGAGUGAUGUAGUUAGUGAUCUUGGCAACAAGGUAACCGAGCAAGAAUUCUCUAGAAUCGCUGACCAGAAGUCUGAAAUUGCAGGUGCAGAGCAUGAAGCGUCCGGUGAAAACCAACAAACUUCAGUCGCUGGUGUUUCUUCUAAAGUUUUAUAUGGAAAAAAUGAAAAUGUAAGAGAUGAGUGCCUUGCAGGGGGAACUAUAACAGAUUCUAAUUCUGAGUUGUCAAGUAACUCUUUUUCUGGCUUCUCAGCUUCUCCAAGUGCUAGUGAAUCAUCUGAUGACUCCUCUAUUUGUGAGAGUGUUAUAUCAAACGAGCAUGACCAAUCUGAUGGACCAAUUUUUGUUGAUUCGACACUUGACAUUCCAGAUAGCACUUCAAGUGACGGUAGCAUGGUUGUAGCUAUGUCUUCAUCACCCAAAUUUGCCAGUUUGGUUGAAUCAGUUGAUGGUUUUUCGACAAUGCGUAAAUUAAAUGAAAGUAGAUCUGGUCCUUGUAAAGAAGAAGGAAAACUUGCAAAAAAUGGUACUUCAGGUUCAGGUAUGCUGAAGGGGGCAACAAUCAAGCCUUCCAUAGUGUCUUCUGGGUUCUGGGAUAGAACUCUUGGCACAACUGGGAUUGAAGAAGAUGCCAACAGUGACACUUCUCCAUCCCAUUCGGAUGAAUCCACUCACAAUACAGGAUCUGAUUCUCAGUCAUUUCGCUUUUCGUUUAGUUCCAUCGCUCUUAUGCAAGCACAAGAUAGUGAGGCAAAGGAUUUUGUAUCUGAUAAUCCUUCUCCCAAUACUGUUGGGGACAAUGUGCCUUGCUCAGGAUCAGCAUCAACGGAGAAUGACAGAGAUACAGUGAAUUCUUCAAAGGCUACAAAUCUUAAAUUCAUGAACAGCAAAGAUUCCAUACUUCCAAACCCUGCUGCUGCCCCUGUUUAUGAAUCUGAUCAAUUGGGAUCUAAAGGCAGCUCUGUGCAACCCUUAUCUUGUCUCUACCCACCAUCCCCCAGUCUUAGCAAAGGUUCAGGUUGUGAAGAUUCUUUGAACGUCCAUAACUUGCAAUCGUAUAUUUCUAUGGCAUCAAAUCGUGUUGUAGGAAACCAUGGCAUCAAUUCUAAGUCUGCUGAAAUUAGAUGCCUGACACGUGACCUUGAUUCUAAUUUAGUCCGUAGAACUGAUGCUCACUCAAAUUCCAGUACAAAACAUGUGAAUAAUGGUAAUCAAUCUGCCACUAGUAUGUCGUCUGGGGGUGUUAGCUGUUCUGCAAAUUCUAAGAGUGGCUUGAAAUCAUCUGUUUUAAAAGUUGUUGAUCAGUUCCGAGGAUCAAAUUUCUCAAAGCAGUUUCCACUAGUUUGGAAUGAUACCGCAGGAAAACAAAGUGAUAAGGGUCUUUUUCCUUACGAAUUGUUUGUCAAGAUUUAUAACUCGAACAAGGGGGAGUUUAGCCCAUUUGGUCUUAUAAAUUGUGGGAACAGCUGUUACGCCAAUGCUGUACUCCAGUGCUUAGUAUUUACACCACCCCUGACUGCAUAUUUUCUUCAAGGACUACAUUCUAAAGCAUGUGCAAAUAAAAAAUGUUUCAACUGUGAGUUUGAAAGUUUGAUUUUGAAGUCAAAGGAUACAAAAUAUCCACUCUCUCCUAAGGGCAUACUCUCCCAACUAAGGAGAACUGGAAGUCAACUUGGUAAUGGCAAAGAAGAAGAUGCACAUGAAUUUCUAAGGCAUGCCAUUGACACAAUGCAAUCUGUUUGCCUUAUGGAUGCUGGGGUUGAUGUAUGUGGUUCAUUGGAAGAGGACACUACUUUAAUUGAUCUAACAUUCGGGGGUUACCUUAGAUCAAAGAUAAAAUGCAUGAAAUGUGGAGGGAAAUCUGAGCGUCAGGAAAGGAUGAUGGAUCUUACUGUUGAGAUAGAAGGGGACAUAGCAACCCUACAGGAAGCUCUUCGACGAUUUACAAGUACCGAGUCUUUGGAUGGAGAAAAUAAGUACCACUGUGUCAGAUGUAAAUCUUAUGAGAAGGCCAAGAAGAAGCUGACAAUUUCUGAGGCACCUAAUGUUCUUACAAUUGCAUUAAAGAGAUUCCAGUCAGGAAAGUUUGGGAAGCUUAACAAGCCUAUCCAGUUUCCUAAAACUCUUGACUUGGCUCCUUUCAUGAGUGGGACUAGUGAUAAAUCACCUAUAUACAGACUGUAUGGUGUAGUUGUUCACUUGGAUAUCAUGAAUGCUGCCUUUUCUGGUCACUAUGUGAGCUAUGUGAAGAAUAGUCAAAACAAGUGGUUCAAGGUUGAUGACAGUGUGGUGACACCUGUUGAGGUGGAGAGAGUCUUAACAAAAGGAUCAUAUAUGCUUUUUUAUGCAAGGUGUUCACCCAAGGCUCCAAGAUCAAUCAGAGGCAAGACACUGUCCCCAGAAUCAAAAGGCAAAGUAACCCAAAAGACCGCAACGAAAACUCGGAAUGUAUCUAUAACUUCUGGUCCUGCUGAAUAUAUCAGUAGUCCAGAUGGUUCACCCACCUUGGACUCCUUCUAUUCAAAGUUUCACCACCUGAAGAGAGUUUUAGAAGAUGACUCGUCAAGUGACAAUUCAUCGCUAAUCAGCAGUAAUUCUGACUUAGGUUCUUGCAGCACCGAUAGCACUCAUGAUUCGACCACCACAGAUGAGUUCUCCAAUUAUAUUUUCGGUGAUUCAAGGGUUGGCUGGGGUAGCCCAUGGAGGAACUCCGAAUCCGACACCUCAUCCUCCACCUCUUCCUCAUCUUCUCCCCUGAACUUCAGGCAUUCACCCCUAGCCGAUAUGGAUCGAUAUGAUUCAGUUUCUCCUGGUUUAAGUGCAGAUAUAGAUGGCAAUUUGUACAGGAACAAAAUGGGGCAUGCAGAAAGAAAAGGAGGUGUUGUGCCUCUCUCACAUUCAGACACUCUACACCAUAGGAAGUUAGAAAGUACUAGGGUUAGCAGCAACAGUAAUUUUAGGGAUACUAACUCUCAUCAGAGACUAGGAUCUAACCAUUUUAAUGGCAUAAGCUCUGGUGCACCUUGUAGAAAGCCAAGGGACAGAACGGAUUGAAAUAUUUAUUUAGUUUUAAUCUAUAGGUAGGCCGGUGCAGUAUAUAAUGAGGUAUAGUCUACCAUUUAUGUAAUGUACUCAAAAGAUGGCGUUCUUAUAGAAAGGAAUUAGCCAUCAACAUUUUGCUUCUCACUUAAAUAGAUGUAGUAGGUAUAUAGAUUAAUUACUGUAACUAAUAAGUCUUAUCAUUCCAUUUUUCUGAAAGAAAAACUUGAACA